GCAUGUGCUUACACUCAGUGUUAGUUAACUUUCAAACGUUGAACAGUUCAUAGUUGUCCUAAGAAAAGAAAAAACAACAAAAAAUACCUUAAAGGGUCCAACGGCAGUUUUAGAGCUAGACACAAUGAAUUGUGGUUACAUGUAUGAGGUGCGUCGAAAGACUGAUGAUAUCGACGAGGAGUUACGACAAAGAAACGAAAAUCUUAAAAGACAUAUAUCGGAGGAGGAAGAAGACGAUACAGAUGUAUGGGAGGUACCACAAGAGAGUUUUGACAAUGCCUAUGAACAAGUGAUAAAUGAAAUGGAAUUUAAUGAGACAAUCAAUGACAAGGCCAAAAAUGAUAUAGGCUUCACAGUGGUAAGCCAUAAAGGUGAAGAGAGUAAAGAAUUGUCAGGAUGUCCCCCUCAAAAGAUACACUUAAGUUUGAGUGCUGAACAAAUUUCUUUAAAGUUGUUGCCGCAGCAGAACUUGGAACAUUUUAAAAAAUCCAUUAAACAGCAAACAAUCAAUAAAUCAAUCAAUACGGAAACGGAUAUAAAAAGGCCAGUGACCGUGGUUAAUACCGCAAGUGAAACAAGCAUAUGUGCAACCGCCCUUAACUGCAGUGGUAGCAGUGGCAGCUUAACUACCACCACCACCACAACAACCAAUAGCAGUGUCAAAUGGAAAAACGUUAAAAUAAAUAAAGAAAAACCAGACUGCGAACAUGAGAGAAAUAAAAAGCCCUUUGCCUUGGGUAUUAUAUCGAUAAAUAACUUAGUUGAGCCACAAAAAUCAAGCAAAACUAUAGAAAUUCAUAAUAAUGAAAUUCUGCUAGCAAAAGCAUCCGAAAUAAAACUGAGUUCUUUGAAGCCAGCAACAACAACAACCCUGGCCCCCACUGAAGGUAGUGGAUCAACAGGUGCAAAAUCUUUUAACAAAAUUCUAAAUACUAGGCGUAAAUUUUCGUUGGGCUCUUCAUCGUUUCGCUUUAAAAAGCCUGCCGACAUGAACGAGUUGCCCAAGUGUUGGCCAGUGCCGAAUUAUGAGAUAACCUUAAAUGAUAUACUCAGUCCAGCUAUUUCUGAACACAGUUUCAGUUCUAGUGCCGGAAUUUUAACAUACGAGAAUCCAAUUAAUGUUAGCGACAAAAGUACUAAUCCAUUUAGAUUUGAAGAUGGCAAUGCAAAGAGCAUCUUGCUAGAGCGGCGAGAACAACGAAAUCCUUCUAUUUUAGUUACACAAGCUUCAUCCUCAUCUUCGUUGACACUGAAACGUGCCUCGAUAAAAAGUACAUCUUUGGAAACUUUUGAUACAGCAUCUUCUGUGUCAAGUACAAAAUCCAUACAUCAACAUAACGAAGCUGAAAACAAGAAUUAUAUAUCAACCAUGCCAGUAAUUCCAUCAUCUUUAACUUGCGAAAUUUGCUAUGAAAUCCUCAAGGAUCCACGCUGUUUGAAUUGCUUGCACACAUUCUGCUUGGAGUGCUUAGUCGAAGAAAGUUUUCGCCAAGAUGGAAAUAAUCCCUUCGUGCCAUCAGCACUGUAUCCAACAAUUGACGAAGAGCAACAAUAUACAAAAUCAUCGCAAAGUGAACAAAAUUUGAAAGUUUACGAUUCUUCGCAAACAAGAAAGUAUUCAUUAUCGCCCGAACCAAAAUCGGAGAGCAAAAACUCGGAACUUCUAUCUGGCGGAAAAGCAACGGCACAAAAGCGACCUUCGUUAAGCUUUAAACUAAAAAGAUUGCCCGACAAUUCGCCCUCAAUGUUGAAAACGGAUCUUGAAAACAUAUCUUCCGAAACUUCAGUAUCUGCAAAUCAAACUUAUUCUUCAGCUGCAAAUCUAUAUCGCAUACUUGUUUGUAAAACUUGUCAAUUUGUGACUGAAAUACCAAUGGGAGGAAUUCGUCAAUUGCCGCCUAAUCUACUGGUAACUCGUAAAAUAAACGAAUAUCGCUUGAUGAUGACGGAUGAAUUCAGUGAUUCCUGCAGUUUGUGUUAUGAGGAGACAUAUGCCACUCAUUUUUGCGAUAUAUGCAAAUUAAAAUUAUGCACCCUAUGCAAAGAAGCCCAUGAACGACAAAAAUCUACAGCAAAUCAUAAUCUUCAGAAAACCACCGACUUCACAACAAACCAAUUCCAUACUCAAACUUCCAUUCGAGACAAUAACAAUCUAAAAAUGAAAUGCAGUCUACAUGUAGGUUUUGAGAUUAAAUCAUUUUGUCAUAAUUGUUUGCAAGUGGCCUGCGCUGAUUGUUUGGUCCUGCAGCACAAGGGUCAUAGGGUGGAAACUAUUGAUAAGGCUAUUAAACAUUAUACGACAAUAUUAAAAGACUCAACCGAACAAACGCGUCUUAUAUGUAAAAGCGCUGAACAUUCUUUGGAGAAAUUGAAUGCUUCUUCGCUAAGCAUUAAUCGUAAAUGUGAUGAACUGCAGACAGAAGUUGAGCAGUUUAUAGAAAAAUAUGCCGAAGCUGUGGAGGUGCAUAGAAAAACACUAUUGCAACAGGUGCAACGAUCCAGGGAGACAAAAGUCCAUGUGAUUGGAGAGCAACAAGAGGAAUUGGACAAACAUACACAAGCUGGACAAAUGGCCAUCACAUUUAGCCAAGAAUUGAUGGAUGUGGCCUCGGAUGAGGAAAUUUUAUCUUUUUUCAAAAUUCUUCUAAAGCGUUUCGAAUAUUGUCAGAAGAUGAAAACUCCCAUUGAUCCUAAGAUAAUCAACACUCCUAAUUUUCUACCUAAAAUACAAGCUCCCUUGUCAAAAGAUUCCCAUGAUAUACCCAUGUUUGGCAUUAUAACCAUGCAGAUUGUGGAACCUUCACUAUGUACACUACAAUGGGAUGGAUUUUCCCAAUUAAGAUUAAACAAAAAAGUAGAACUAACAUUAAUAUCCAGAGAUGCUGAUGGUAUACCCAUGUGUCAUGGGGGUUUAAAAAUUCAAACCCAUGUUAAAUACAAGGAUUUAAAUUCAAAAUGUUUAAGAAUGGAGGUUACUGAUAAUAGUGAUGGUACUUAUGGCAUAGCUUUUACCCCGGAUUCGGAAGGUACUAUACUUCUAAUGAUUACCAUAAACGAAAAACACAUUAAGGGUAGUCCUUUCAGUUUUUUGGCCCGUUCGGUUAGGCCACACACUGGAGUUUAUCAUUGCUGCACAUUUUGUUCCAGCAAAGGCAAUAAGUUUGCCACCUGCUCCUGUGAGGGAAAUAUGCCUGGCUACAGUGGCUGUGGCCAUGGUCACAGUGGCCAUCCCGGACGUCGACAUUGGUCAUGUUGUGGUGAAGUUUCAAGAAAUUCAGAAUGUUACUUUGCUAAUAGAUCCUUAAAUCCUAAGUAAACGUAAAUAUAUGCUUCUAUAUAUCUUCCAAAGUAACAUGACUAUUAUUUAUGUUAUAAAUAAAUUGUUGUAUCCACCAUUAGUUAACAUAAUAAAUCACAUACCAUAUAAAGGAAAA